CGCGCCUCCCCGCGCGCCUCGGCCGCCGCCAUUUUGUUGGCGCCGGGCGCUGCCGCCGCGGCGAGAAGGGCUGGGAGUCGCCGCUCGGCUCCGCCCUCGUCGGGGCCGAGGGGCGGGGACUGAGCGCGGCCCGGCCGGGACGGGACGGAGCGGCGGGGCCCAAGGCGGUGCGGCGAUGUCGGCGUUCUCGGAGGCGGCGCUGGAGCGGAAGCUGUCGGAGCUGAGCAACUCGCAGCAGAGCGUGCAGACGCUGAGCCUGUGGCUCAUCCACCACCGCAAGCACUCGGCGCUCAUCGUCAGCGUGUGGGAGCGGGAGCUGCGCAAGGCAAAACCAAAUAGGAAGCUGACAUUCCUGUACUUGGCCAAUGAUGUCAUACAGAACAGCAAAAGGAAAGGACCAGAAUUUACAAAAGACUUUGCUCCAGUAAUAGUGGAGGCUUUUAAGCAUGUUUCAAGUGAGUCUGAUGAGAGUUGUAAGAAACACCUUGGCCGAGUGCUGUCUAUCUGGGAAGAAAGGUCUGUUUAUGAAAACGAUGUAUUAGAACAACUUAGGCAAGCUUUGUAUGGAGACAGAAAGGUGAGGAAGCGCACCUAUGAACAGAUCAAAGUUGAUGAAAAUAACUGUUCACCUCGAAGUUCUCCCACUGAUCCUCCUCAGACCACAGAUCUCAUUAGAGCAUUACAAGAACUAGAAAAUGCUGCCUCUGGGGAUGCAGCAGUUCACCAGAGAAUAGCUUCCUUGCCUCUAGAGGUCCAGGAUGUGUCCCUGUUAGACAGAAUAACAGAUAAAGAAUCUGGAGAGCAACUUUCCAAAAUGGUAGAUGAUGCAUGUAUGUUGCUGGCGGAUUACAAUGGCAGGUUGGCAGCUGAAAUAGAUGAUAGAAAACAGCUAACUCGAAUGUUAUCAGACUUUCUCCGAUGUCAAAAAGAGUUCCUUGCAGAGAAAGAACAUAAGCUGGAAGAGUACAAACGCAAGUUAGCCAGAGUGUCCCAAGUGCGGAAAGAACUCAGGUCACGCAUCCAGAACCUGCCUGAUCUCUCUCGACUUCCCAACGUCACGGGCAGCCACGUACACCUACCGUUUGCAGGAGACAUCUACAGCGAUGAUUGAUUACCAAACAUCCCCCCCACAACCUCUGCUUUUCUGUGAAAUGAGGGGUAGGCCAGACCAAUCGGUACUCUUGUAGUAUUAUUUUUGUAUAUUGUUGCAGAGUGUCAGUAAAAAUACUUUAAUAAUUUAUAAAAAAUGGUUUAAAAAGUUGAUUUGUUUACUAUUUUAUUGGUGAGUGAACAUAAGGGUACAUUUAUAAAAGUGGCAUCUCUGUCUGUUACAUGGAAGAAUGAAUAAUUAUCUUUUGUAAAGAUUUUAGUUGGGUGCCCUGUAAAAAAAACAUGCUAAAAUUUUUCUUAUGUACCCUGUAUUUAAUGUAGAUCAGUAUAUAAUCAAAACAUAAUUUUAACUUGAGACAUUUCCGUUGCUAGUGGGAGAGUGAAACGUGGAAAUCACAAGCUUAUGUUUGCAAGAAGGAAGAUGCAAUUUAAUGCAAAGUUAAAAGUGAUCUUACUGUCCAUUACAUUUAGAUUACCCACUCCCAAAACAAUGUGGGUUUUUUGGAAGUAAAUGCUAACAAACAAUUUUUUAUUGGAAAAUAUUAAUCAUUUUACACUGAGCAGAUCUUCAAACUACUCGAAAUACUACAAUAUUUUUGUAUCAUUUAGAAGUCAGCAUGUAGAAACUAUAAAAUUGACCAGUUUAAUUAUGUUUUGAAAUAGUAGCUUUUUACAGCUGCUUAGUUUCUCAAUCAAGGGACCAUUCAUUUGCAAUUUAAUCCCUUUCUGGAACAUCUGCUUCCAUCUAAAAAGGUUAAUCCCAGAAAUGUGAAGCCAUUUUACAGUUUUAAUUAAAUUGAAAGGUCAUUCUCUAAACUGUCUCAGUUUCUAAGUGCCCAUUAUUAAAAUUUGACAAUGUACCAGCCGUACAUGCAACAAAAUGGUGAUACAGCUGCACUGUGCAUCCUCUUCCACUGAGAAACCCUGGAGUCCAGCAUGGGCUACCACCUCCCCACCUUCACCUGCUCCAGCAAAUAUUUCUAAAUCUUGAUUGUCUUUUUCUCACACUACAGGAGGAGACUUUUCAGGCCUGUGUAUAACUCAAACAGCAGAAAACUAUUGCCCAGUUAAAAAACUCUGCUGCAUGGCAUAAACGUGGUAUUUUUCUGGGAACUGCUUAAUUUGUGAAGAAUCCUUGUUUCCAUACUGUGCAUCAGCUUUUAAGUUCACAUAAGAUACAGAUAGGCAUUUAGCGCAUUGCCAGAAAGUUACAUCUUUUCAAUCCAUUGCAAUGAGCCAUGUAAUCAUUGAGUGAUUUAAAAAAUGCCUACCUGUACCUUUGGCAUUUAAUGACCUAAAAAACCUGGGCUGCAAGUGUUUUGAGUUGGAGGAUCGUUUUAUGACUGCAUUUUGUUUAUGGUUUUGCACUUGUCAGGCAUUGUCUUGUACCAGUUAACUUCACAGUUAACAAGUUCAAUACACCUCACAUGAAAGCAAAUUUUUUUACAAAAAGCUGUUCUUUCUUUUCAAAACCCACAACAAUUCAAAAUAGUCUUGGAGUGAAAUUGUUCAAGGUAGUUAUCUGUCACUUGUUACUGGCUUCUACAGGGCUAAUCACUAGAAUACUUACAGGAUGUGAAUGGAGAAUAACCACUCUCUUUAAAAUAGAUACACUUGGGCAUAAGUAAUUCAGUCCAGUUACCUUUUCUCAUGGAAGCUGCCAAGAAUUAGACUCAGUUACAUAGGGAAAAAGCCUGAAAAUAUAGAAAUACAAGCUGUUGACAUAAUAGUCUAUAGCAUGCAAUGUAGAAUAACAAUUUCCUAAAAAAUUCUGACUGAUAAAUAGGAGUGCGCAAAAUAGUUAUCAGAGCUCACUACAGGUCCAAAAAUUUUAAAGUUUUGAGUGGCAAUUUUCCAUUCCAUAGGAAAAAAAACCUGACUAUAUUGAAUCCAGAGGAUUUAGUUUAUUUAGUUUAAGUGUAAUAUGCAAAAUUAAAUAACACUUACUGACAUCUUUUCAGUGUAGAUUCUUGAUAAGAAAAUGUUCUGAUACAAUUUUAAUGUUUGAAAUAGUUCUGUUCUUGUAUGUUAAACUCAUCACAUAAAUUCUCACAUGUAUGUGCAUUGCAGUUGCAGUUAAAGCUCAGUUUUACUAAAGAAUAGCACCAAAUUUGUGGUAAAUAUUUGUUGCUGUGGAGGUAGGAUGGGAACAAAGAGACUAAUUUAGAAGGUUAGAUGAAGUGAACUGAACUGAUUUAUUUUAAAUACAUUUCUCUUUUUAUAGAGAGCAUCAUGUAGCCUAAUUUCAUUGGUCUUAAAGUAAAAACAUCUUACACCAUUGGUGCUCAGUGAAUGAUGCACAGUGGCAGAACAUGCCUAUAAACAAUGUGAACAAGAGAGAUAGAGAAUUACUUACAUUCCUUUCCAGCUCUUUCCCAGGCCCAGCCUGGUUUGAAAACCUCUAUUUCCCUCUCUGACUGAACUGAGAUUACCCAUAAAUAUUAAACCAGCUUAAUCUAUUAGGAAUUCUAAAACAAAUCAUGAAACAAGAGGCAUAAAUAGUGAGUUCAUGGUUGAAUUCCAUGCAUAGAAAUCUUAAUUUGUUCCCAGAGGUGAUCAUAAGUGCAGUGACAAGGCUUAUUAGACUGUGCUGUAAAAUCUAUGUUGGAUACUCAGAAUCAUAGGGAAUUAAGCUUAAGCAAUCUUUUGCUGCCUGAAUUGAAAUUAGUUAUAAUAAUAAAGUUGACUGCUGAGUUUUCUUGAUCUCUCAACAGUUUUAAAAAAAGUAUGACACUUACUUCACUGGAUUUGUUUUUCCUAUUCAUAACUCCUAGUGGUAACAUUGCUUAUGUACAGGUAAUGUAGAACGGAUAAAGAGUGAGGAAAAAAACUCAACUUUUUCUUGAUGUAUAUACGUUUUAAUUUUGAGAGAGUGUUAUUUUUGGCGUAUAUUUUUCUUCAUUUUACCGUGAAAUUGUUUACUUCAAGGAGUUUUUCAUUGCUGGGGUUUUGGAAAUAAUCCCUCAAUAUUUGUUUGGAAAAGAGGACUUGUGAAAGGCAACAGUCACUCUUAGAGCAAGUAUCAUGUAUGAAUGGUAGGUACGCUGGGUUUUUUUUUAUUUACAUGGGAAAGAUGUCGGGUAUCAAGUAGUUAGGAGAUUUAUACUAUAACUGUAAUAGUAUAGCAGGAGAUAGCAUGGUACAGUACAGAUGCAGCCCUGUAGUGUCAAAAAAUACCUCCAAAUUCUCAGGUUCCAAAGCUUAAUGUACGUACUUCUGACAUCUCAGGAAGAAAAGAGGCUGGGUGGGGAAGGGUGGGGUGCCGAGGAGACAGAAGGGAGAACAUGCCUGGGUGGAAAGGUAAAGCAAACCACAUGUCAGCUUCCAUCAAAACAAAUAACUGUGAGACUGGGCAGUUUUACCUGUAGUUGGCAUUGUACCACAGAACUGCUUUGAGGUGUUACCAUCCUGGGAAAGAAAAUGUGUGGGCAUACCCUGCCUACCUCUUCUAAUGUGGUCUAGCUCUAAGCAAUACAGAAUGCCUGCCCUACAAAAGGCACAAUUAUAAAAUAUCUGAAUAUUUUUCAUCUAUUAAUAAAGACGUAAUAAUUAGAGUAUUUGCUUCACUAUAUUGCACUUUUAUUAAGCAUUUUCUGAAAAAAAAAGCAAAGAGAUUCCUGCAGCACUUUGCCAUAUGAGAAUGCUUACCUUGGAGGUCACUGGGACUGCUUGUAUGUAUAUUCUAGUGUUUGCAAGCUCAAACUGUGUUUUUUGCAGAAUUUUUUGAAAGAUGCCAGGAAUACUACCCCACUUUUGUAGUUUUAAAAAUAAAUGUGAAGUCCUUAGUUACAAAAAUUGUCAUUCUUAGAAAUUAUGUUUCAUGAGUUCUUUUGGAAAUUAGACUACAGCCUGCAAUAAUAUUAGCUUGUCUAAUUCACUCUGUUAAUGUUUGUAUUAGUAUAUUAAAGCACCUCUGUUAAUCCCUAGCAACACAGUCCAAACCACAUGCUUAUUGUGUAUUUUAUCCGAGUAGUCUUCUGAGUGUCAAAUUGAGAGCUUUCAUUAUGAUGAAAUUACAUUCCUGUUUACCAGAAGCUUAAGAAAAACCAUUGUGUUAGAACUUGCACAGACUAGUUCUGCUCUCUCAAGUCAGUGGCAACUCAGUCUGGUAUUUCAAUGAUGACUCUAACAUAUGUAGGACACAUACUAACAUAUGUAGGAUGCAGUAACCAGCAGUGCAGAUGACCAUGGAGGAUGUGGAAAUCAUAGAUAGGCUUGGUUGGCUCUCUGUAGAAGAGCCUUUUGAAACAUAAGGAAAUAGAUCUGUGGGUGUGGGUUUUUUUCAGUGGGAAAAUCAGUGAAAACCAGCACAUCUAAAAUUUGAUGGUUACAUUUACAAAUAUUUAGGCCAGUUCUGCUCAUUACAUUUAAUCACAGUGAUUAUUCCUGCAAGUAAAGAAAGCAGACUCAAACAUAGUGUCUGAAGUGGAAUUUUUUUCUAAUGAAUGACCAAUUUUGUCUCGGCUCCUAUUUCAGUGUGUCAUUUAUCUUGAUUAAGUAGUAAAUCUCUUCCAUCGUGUUAUUUAGGAAUCUAAUUCUGACUUCAUAUCUACAAUAGUUGAAGUAUCCUACCAAGCAUGAUGUUUUUGUGGGAAUUUGCAAAAGUUCAAUAGCACUCAUUACUUGUUUGCAACAGAAAUAGACUUUGUUAAAAGCUAACAAGAAAAGUUUGAAAUGUAAAGAUGUUUCAUUAUUGUGCUUUUCUGACAGAACCUGUAAUCCUUGUGUAAUUUAUGUCCUCAGAAUAACACCUAUAUGUAUGCUCUUUCCUAUUUAAUAAAACAUUGUUGUAAAAACAUCUUUGAAAA